CUCUCUCUUAAAAUCUUUUUUUUUCUAGAGAGAGAAAAGUUCCUAUUUAUUUCCCACGCUCCUUCUUCCCCUCUCUCCGCCUCCACUCUCGAAACCCUAAUUCUCCUCUCUGACUCUCUCUCACUUUCACUAUCAAACGAUUCUAGGGUUUCCAAAAACAGUAACUUGUGGGGUUUCAGGAGCUGGAGCGCGUUCCGCCGCUGGUCCAGCGGCUUCAUCUAGUAGUCCUCGUCGGAGAUCGCUUGCAAUCGGAGGAUUCUCAGCGAUAGGCGGUGUUAGGGUUUUAGACUUGGUGCUGAUGGCGAGGCUAGGGUUUGGGUGAAGUUGCCAGAAGCUAGGGUUUUGUUUGGAAUGGCAUUGGGAGAUCUGAUGCCUGCCCCUUUACUCUCGCAGUCUUCGGGAUCGUCGCUGACGAUCGUGACGAAUCAUGUAGAUGAGUUUAGGUCGAGAGAAGAUGGGGAUUCGGUGGUUGGGAGGGAAUCAGAGGCUGAUGUUGCGGUGAAUUCGGGGGCUGGGAAGGCCACUAGUAGUAUUGCUUACUUGUCUCAGACCGUGGUUCUUUGCGAUUUUCGCCAUGAUGGGUUUGAGGAGAACGUGCCUUUGGGUCCGGCAGAGAGCGGGCUGGUUUCGAAAUGGCGGCCGAAGGAUCGGAUGAAGACCGGAUGUGUGGCACUUGUGUUGUGUUUAAACAUUGGCGUUGAUCCACCUGAUGUAAUAAAGAUUUCUCCUUGUGCCAGAAUGGAAUGCUGGAUAGAUCCGUAUUCUAUGGCUGCCCCAAAGGCUCUUGAGACUAUUGGGAAGACUUUGCAUGCUCAAUAUGAACGAUGGCAACCUCGGGCUCGUUACAAGCUUCAACUUGAUCCUACAGUGGAGGAAGUGAAGAAGCUUUGUAAUAAUUGCCGCAAAAAUGCCAGGUCGGAGAGAGUCUUGUUUCAUUACAACGGUCAUGGAGUACCAAAACCUACAACGAAUGGUGAAAUUUGGGUUUUCAAUAAGAGUUACACACAGUAUAUACCAUUACCCAUAAGUGAUCUUGAUUCUUGGUUGAAGACACCGUCAAUAUAUGUUUUUGACUGUUCAGCUGCUGGGAUGAUUGUCAAUGCAUUUAUAGAGCGUCAAGAGUGGAAUUCUUCUGGUGCAUCUGCUACAUCAAAGGACUGUAUUCUGCUUGCCGCCUGUGAAUCACAUGAAACUCUCCCACAAAGUUCUGAUUUUCCAGCUGAUGUGUUCACUUCCUGUCUCACUACACCUAUUAAAAUGGCACUACGGUGGUUUUGUUCAAGGUCCUUGCUUCAUGAUUUCCUAGACCAUUCUCUUAUAGACAAAAUUCCAGGUCGCCAGAAUGACCGUAAGACACUUCUGGGGGAAUUGAACUGGAUUUUUACUGCUGUCACUGAUACAAUUGCUUGGAAUGUUCUUCCUCAUGAUCUUUUUCAAAGGCUGUUUAGACAAGAUCUACUUGUCGCUAGCCUAUUUCGGAAUUUUCUGCUAGCUGAGCGAAUCAUGAGGACAGCAAAUUGUUCCCCAAUAUCUUAUCCAUUAUUGCCGUCAACCCAUCAACAUCAUAUGUGGGAUGCAUGGGACAUGGCUGCUGAGAUUUGUCUUUCUAAGCUUCCACAACUAAUUGAUGAUCCAAAUAUGGAAUUUCAGCCAAGCCCCUUUUUCACAGAACAGUUGAUGGCGUUUGAAGUUUGGCUUGACCAUGGUUCUGAACGUAAGAAGCCACCGGAGCAGUUGCCAAUAGUACUCCAGGUUUUGCUUAGCCAAUCACAUCGAUUCCGUGCACUAGUACUUCUUGGAAGAUUCCUUGAUAUGGGACCAUGGGCUGUGGAUCUGGCUUUAUCUGUUGGAAUCUUUCCAUACGUGUUAAAGCUGCUACAAACAACUGCAAUGGAGCUGCGGCAAAUUCUUGUGUUCAUAUGGACCAAGAUUCUUGCCCUUGAUAAGUCUUGUCAGGUUGAUCUCGUAAAAGAUGGGGGCCAUGCCUAUUUCAUCAAGUUUCUUGACAGCAUGGAUGCUUACCCCGAGCAGCGUGCGAUGGCUGCUUUUGUUUUAGCAGUUAUUGUAGAUGGACACAGGCGAGGGCAAGAGGCAUGUGCUAAGGAGAGUCUAAUUCAUGUAUGCUUGAGACAUCUACAACUCGCAAGUCCCCAUGAAGUACAGUCUGAACCUUUACUUCUUCAAUGGCUUUGUCUCUGUCUUGGAAAGCUGUGGGAGGAUUACCCAGAAGCACAGUUCAUAGGCUUGCAGUUGGAUGCACCUUCUAUAUGUGUACCUCUGUUGUCAGAACCACAACCCGAGGUUAGAGCUUCUGCAGUUUUUGCUCUGGGAACUCUCCUUGAAGUUGGAUCAGACUUUAGAGAUGGAAAUGGUGUUGAUGAUGACUGUGAUGAUGAUGAAAAGACAAAGGCUGAGCUGAACAUCAUUAGGAGCCUUCUGUCAGUUGUUGCAGAUGGCAGUCCUCUUGUUAGAGCAGAGGUGGCUGUUGCUCUUGCCCGCUUUGCCUUUGGUCACAACAAGCACUUGAAAUCAGUUGCUGCUGCAUACUGGAAGCCUCCACCUAACUCUAUGCUUAAUUCCUUGCCAUCAUUGGCCAACAUCAGCAGUCCAAAAAGUGAUGGUGCUAACCCUUGCCAGUAUAUGCAGCCGGGAAGAUCACUUUCCUCCCAAAUUGGGCCUGUGACGAGAGUUGGCAGCGACAGCAUGGCCACUGGUCGAGAUGGAAGAAUCUCCACAAGUAGUCCACUUGCAUCUACCGGGAUCAUGCAUGGCUCACCAGUAUCAGAUGACUCCUCUCAACAUUCAGACUCUGGCAUGUUAGUAAAAGAAACUACUAGCAAUGGAGUCAUCAACUAUUCCAAUAGAUCUAGGUCUCUUGACAAUGCAUUGUAUUCCCAAUGUGUUCUAGCCAUGUCUACUUUGGCGAAAGAUCCAUCUCCUCGGAUUGCAAAGCUUGGCAGGAGAACUCUGUCUAUCAUUGGUAUAGAGCAAGUUAUUUCCAGGACAACAAAGUAUAGUGGAAGUACUCACCAAGGUGAACAUUCGGCUCCAUCUGUACCCUCUAGUCUUGCUGGAUUGGCACGAUCAUCAUCGUGGUUUGACAUGAAUGCUGGUCAUUUGCCAAUGACAUUUAGGACACCUCCAGUUAGCCCCCCAAAACAAAAUUACUUAACAGGGUUACGACGUGUGUGUUCCCUAGAGUUCAGGCCGCACCUACUGAACUCCCCAGAAUCAGGAUUAGCCGAUCCACUUCUAGGUUCUGUUGGACCAUCAGGUUCUUCUGAAAGUCUACUCCCACAGUCAACUAUAUACAACUGGAGCUGUGGUCAUUUUUCAAGGCCACUUCUUACAGCAGCUGAUGAUAAUGAAGAAAUCAUAGUUAGAAGAGAAGAUAGGGAGAAAAUUGCAUUAGAUCGUAUUGCCAAGUGCCAGCAUUGUUCUGUAAGCACGCUUAAUAAUCAAAUUGCUAGCUGGGAUACCAGAUUUGAAACUGGUACUAAGGCCACACUGCUGUUACCCUUUUCACCUAUUGUUGUUGCUGCCGACGAGAACGAAAGAAUCAGGGUAUGGAAUUAUGAGGAAGCUACCUCACUGAACACUUUUGACAACCACAAUUUAUCUGACAGAGGAAUUUCAAGGCUUUGCCUUGUAAAUGAGCUUGAUGAUAGUUUACUUCUAGUUGCUUCAAGCGAUGGAAAUGUUCGGAUAUGGAAGGAUUAUACUGUGAGGGGUAAACAGAAACUUGUGACAGCAUUUUCUUCCACUCAAAGUCAUAAACUUGGUGGUCGAAGUUUGAAUGCAGUUGUGGACUGGCAACAGAAUUCUGGCUAUUUGUAUGCGUCUGGUGAUGUAUCAUCUAUCUUGGUUUGGGAUCUCGAUAAAGAGCAGAAUGUUUGUUCCGUAUCAUCUUCUUCAGACAGUAGUCUAUCGGCUUUGUCUGCAUCUCAAGUUCAUGGAGGCCAAUUUGCUGGUGGCUUUGUGGACGGGUCUGUCAGAAUCUUUGAUGUUCGUGCUCCUGACCUGCCUGUUUGUUCAACAAGGUUGCAUACUCAAAGAGUGGAAAGGGUUGUUGGGAUUGGCUUUCAGCCUGGCCUUGACCCGACAAAGAUUGUGAGUGCCUCUCAAGCUGGGGAUAUACAGUUCCUGGAUAUCAGAAAUCCUGAUAAAGCAUAUCUCACUAUUGACGCUCAUCGGGGCUCUCUCACUGCAUUGGCUGUUCACCGCCAUGCCCCGGUUAUUGCAAGUGGAUCAGCAAAGCAAAUUGUCAAAGUCUUCAGUUUAGAGGGAACACAGCUGAGCAUCAUUAAAUAUUACCCAACAUUCAUGGGUCAAAAAAUAGGUUCAGUCAGCAGCCUUACUUUCCACCCUUACAGAGUUCUUCUAGCUUCUGGUGCUGCCGAUGCUUGUGUAUCAAUUUAUGCUGAUGAUAGCUAUCAAGCGAAGUAGACUUCACAUUUGAGCAUCGUGUCCCAAUGAAGAGCUACACUGAUAACUCUUAAAUCCAACGGCCAUGGCUACAGGGACAAGAAGAACAGAGAGGUGAUAUCUUGAUGCAACAGCCCCCAAAGUGAACUUGUAUGUUACGAUAUUCAUUAGCCUCUGCAGAAUAUCACAUGUCAUCAGGAAUUCUGCAUAAAUACCGUUGGAGGCUCCCAACAAAUAAUCUAGAUACCUAGGUACAAAUCUGUGAAUAGUUUCUUUUUCUUUUUUAUUUAAAUCAAUUUGUAAAAGUGUCAUCCUCGUUAUUUGACAAGUACGCUUGUAUCUGCCUAAAUGAAAGGUAGUUGUUUUGUAUCAAAAAAAAUUCUUGGCUAACCAUUGUCCUGAUGUUUAAUAUUGUAUCUGUGUACCAAGUGUUUAGCACUUGGUUAAUUAGUUGAAUACAAGCUGAAUUUGGAUGUACUA